CUGAAGGUUUAUGAAAUUCAUAUUUCUUGGCUCUGACAAAAGAUGGUUCCAAAGAAGGCGUUGGAGGACCAGGCAGAUAUGUCUUUAGUGGUAUUCAGGGUUCCGGGAGUAGAUGAGGAUGUCAUCAAGAUAGACAAAAAAAGAUGUUCAGAAAGUCACAAAGGAGAUCAUCGAUGAGGGCUUGAAAGAUAGCAGGGGCAUUGCAAAGACCAAACGCUAUGACCAAGUAUGGUCCAUUUCCAUUCAUCUCCCUGGCAGACAAGAUUGUAGGUUUUGCAGAGGUCUAGUUGGUAGCUUCUUGUACUGGUUCGAAUAAUGAGGAGAUGAGAAGAAAAAUGUUUUUAUUGUAACUGAUUUGAUUCAAACCUUUGUAGUCUAUGCAGGGUUGGAGGGAGCUGUCAUCCUUACUAACAAAGAAAAAACCCACCCCCAGUGGUGAAGAUAAUAUAUCCAAUGAUAGUGGAUUCCUUUCUCCAUGGUUUGGUGUUUUGGAUGGGAGAUGUUGAAGAGACAGAGCCCCCAGGAGUAGAUCCCAGGCGCAGUCAUAUGGGUGAUGAGAUGAUAAUGACGAGGCUUUAUGCUUUAUCUUUGCUGAAAACUUGCUUUAGGUCAUGGUAUUUGGAUGAUGUUGUGGUGUAUAGCCAGUUCUGGGAGGAGCAUUUGAUACACCUACAGGAGGUUCUACACCAAAUCAAACUGGCUAGACUGACUGUUAACCCCAAGAAGUGUAUUGUAGCCCAUAGAGAAGUGGAGUACUCUGGUUCUGUCAUUGGUUUUCGAAAGAUAAAGCCUCAAAUGGGAAAGGUUGACACAAUCCAUUCCUUAUCAGUUCCAACUACAAAGAAAAAGGUGAGAGGAGUUCUGGGUGCCUGUACCGGAAAUUCAUACCUUCUUUUGCAGAGUGAUCAGCUGUACUGAACCACCUAACAAAGGGUGUGGCCCCCAACACUGUGUGCUGGACAGAAGAGUGUGAUUGAGAGACCUCAAUUAAGCAUAUGUACUCAUCCAGUUUUACACACCCUAGACUUCAGUAAGCCAUUCAUCUUGCAAACACAUGCUUCAGGAGUGGGCCUUAGAGUAGUCCUUCAACAAGAGGUAGAUGGUGAAAGGCCUGUGGUGUUUCUGAGUUGGAAGCUGCUUGACAGGGAAACAAGAUAUUCAGCCAUGGAAAAGGAGUGCUUGGUCAUGAAGUGGGCUAUCGAGGCCCUCAGGUAUUAUCUUCUGGGACGUCACUUCAUCCUAGAGGCUGACUAUUGUUCCCUCCAGUGGUUAAGACGAAUGAGGGAUGCCAAGUCAGGCAAGUCCAAUGUGGUUGCUGAUUGUUUAUCUAGAAUAGCAGAGGACUGAGGUACUGUGCUCUUAAGAGAGGAGGGAGGAAAUGUAAUGAAGAGAUCUUCAUUACUGGAACUACUUUUACUUAAGUUACUGUGUAGCACUUUAAGAGCACUUUUUGCACUUUACUAAAACUAGCACUUUAUUUAGCACUGCCCUUAUGCAUAGAUUUUAAGUUUUAACUGUAUUUAUUGAGUAUUUGUAGUGAUUAGCACUACAAAUACUCAAUAAAUACAAUCUGUGCUGUGCACAGAUUCUCCUCAUUGAGAAGUGAGGUGGUUGUCUGUGAAGGGAGGAUAAUUGUUACUCAGAGCAAGGAGUUACUGGUUUGUUAAAUUUGAGCAAAUUUUUGUGCAUAAUAUGUAAAGUGUGGAGGUGCUAGGAUGGAGUAACUCACCUGUCUUUUCUGUGUCCUCUCCAAGGUGUUUGGACAAAUACUUCCCUGAGGUCCAGACACCAUUUAGAGGUUCCAGGAGAGGCCAUGGAAAAGUGGGAGGUGGGGAAUUGUUUGUGGGUUUUGUUAUGGUGUACGGCUAAAACAUAAAAUAUUUAUAAAAAGUAAAUAGAAAUGUGCUUGUAUUUGGCAAAAGAUAUUUUAUAUAUUUACAUAAGUGGAAAUUGGUAAAUUGAGAUCCCCUGUGAUUUAAAAGUGGUUUGAUCGUUCACAGCUGGGACUAUUUAAGGCUGCAAUUGCACCUGUGUUUUUUCGUUAUUGAUGCUGUGCUUUGGAAGAAUAAACCAUUGCUGUUUCCACCUUAUUCUGCUUCGACUUUCAUCUCCAUUAUAAAUCCAGCCGCAAAAGGCCACCUGUUACAUGGACACAGAUCCCAACAUAUAUGCGAAGAUGUCUCCUUCCUCCAGUCUGGCAAGCAGCAACUCCUCCCCCUGCACCACUCCACAGCCUCACACUGGUAUGGAGGGUAACAAUAAAGGCAAACAGGCCUCCUUGUACCAUGCCUCUAUCACCUCCCCCUCCUCCACACUGGAAAGCAGAGACAGUGGAAUCAUAGCCAUGCUGACCAGCUAUUCUGCUGAUUCUGCUGUAGAGCGGGAGGAUGGCACCAAGUGUUCUACUGACGGUUAUAACGGCAGCAGCCUCAACAUCUGGCAGCAAGAAGGCCAGCCAGUGGUGGCGUCCACUUUGUCCUCGAGUGCGAGAUCCACAAGUCACACCAAUGGCAGCUCGAUGUACAGGAUAGAAGAGAGCCUGUACGCCUCUACCUACAGCCUGAACAAGCUCCACCCAAACCGAGGAUUCAGCUGUUCACGCUCCUCUGGAUCCACCCACUCCAUAGCCCUCAACCUCAUUCCACGUCCCAAUUCAGUCGCUGCCACAAGUUCAGCCCACCUUGAAGACCUAGCCUUUCUGGAUGAUCAACAGAGACAUUUAGCCUCAAAGAUGUCCCUCAAAAUGGCUGGAGAGAAUUCUGGGAAUCGUAAUCAGCAGGACCCUGGAGUUGAUUUUACUCCAGCCCUCAACCUGAAACCACUCCAUUUCGAGGUUCCUGGUCUGUUGUCUGAUUGGCUGUUCAUGGGCAGAGAGUGGCUCUUCCAGGAAGUUGACACCCAUCUGCACGGCAAUGACCCAACAACUAACAGAGGCAUAUUAAUUACUGGCAACAUGGGCUAUGGAAAGACGGCUAUCAUUGCAAGGCUGGUGGCACUCAGCUGUCAUGGACACCACAUGUGGCCGAGCACCACUGGCAAGCAGAUCAUACCCAAAUAUGGAGAAUCGGUUUUGCUCUCAACUGAGUCUUCUGGAAGAGGAGGGGGGGCAGGAGAAGAAAAUGGAGGAGGAAGCUGUCCAGGAACUCCAGAGAAGAAGAGAAGACAACAGGAGGCAUUGUGGAGACUAGCUGGACAGGUAGUGGCCUUUCACUUCUGUCAAGCUGAUAACUGUUACACCUGCCUUGUUCCUGAGUUCGUCCACAACAUGGCGGCCAUGCUGAUCACUGCCCCUCAACUGACCGCCUAUCGAAAACUGUUGCAGCACUCACCUCAGUUGCAGAGCAUCCUCAGUCUGCGCUCCUGCAUUCAGGAUCCGAGCUUAGCCCUUCAGAGAGGAAUACUAGACCCCCUGGAUGCACUCCACAAAGAGAGAAAGCUUCAGAUUGAUGUGGAAGGUCUCAUUGUACUGAUUGAUGGGCUAAACGAGGCUGAGUUCCACCGGCCCGAUUACGGAGAUACACUGACUUCCUUUCUCUCUCGAAACAUUCAAAAAUUUCCUUUGUGGUUGAAGGUAAUUUCUACUGUCAGGACCAGCCAGCAGGACAUUGCUCAAUGUCUGCCUUUUCACCAUAUCUCACUGGACGGAAAGGAGGAAAACAACGCCAUAGACCAGGACCUGGAGGAUUACUUGAUGGAGCGUAUCCACAGCAGCCCUGGGAUCCAGAGCAAUGUGUCGCUGGGCAAUGGUCGCCUUGACAACACAGCACUGACCAAGAUGAUCAGCCACUUGCAGAGCCUAAGCAAAGGCUCUUACCUCUACCUGAAACUGACCCUUGACCUAAUUGAAGGAGGUUAUCUUGUUCUGAAGAGUUCUAGCUUUAAGGUGGUUCCAGUCAACCUAGCAGAAGUGUACCUGCUACAGCUUAACAUGAGGUUUCCCACGCAGUCAUCUUUUCAAAGAGUACUGCCUCUGCUUAAUGUUACUGUGUCUUCGCUCCACCCACUGACCGAUCAGCAGUUGUUUGAGGUGGUGAAUGCAGGUUGCCUCAGUGGAGAAACAUUCCAGUGGGGGGAGUUUACACAUCGCCUAGAUCAGCUCUCUUCUUUCCUGCUACAGCGGAGUGAUGGCAGCAGGAUGCUUAACCAUGCCUCCUUCAGGGAGUGGCUAGUGUGGAGGGAGGAGGGGCAGGAUGACAAGUUCCUCUGUGACCCAAGAAGUGGACACACCCUGCUGGCCUUCUGGUUCUGCAGACAAGAGGGAAAACUAAGCCGACAGCAGACCCUGCAGCUGGGACAUCAUAUUCUGAAGGCUCACAUCUACAAGGGCUUGAGUAAAAAACUUGGGGUUUCUUCCUCCAUUCUUCAGGGGCUGUGGAUGUCAUACAGCACAGGAAGACUUUGCCCCGUUCUUUCAUCGCUGCGCAACCUCUAUACCCCCAAUAUCAAGGUGAGCAGGCUCCUGAUAAUGGGUGGAGCCAAUGUGGAUUACCGAACUGAAGUCCUUAAUGGUGCCCCCUUAUUGUGUGUCCAUGCUCACCUUGGCCACAAGGAUGUCGUAGCACUGCUGCUCGACCACAGAGCCCAAGUGGAUGCUCAGUCACAUGAUGGUUUAACAGCUCUGGGAUUUGCUGCUGCAGCUGGUCACUUGGACAUAGCCACCUUGCUGAGUCACCACAAAGCCAAGAUUGGCCACAUGGACAGCUCAGGUCGGUGUGUGCUGGUUCUGGCAGCCCAGCACGGUCACCUUGAGGUGCUGCGCUUCCUACUGAAGAGGCCUGAUUGGAGCUGCACUUCCUGUUGUAGCCAGAAGGGGACAAGCAGGAGCCAAGCUGUGCAGCAGGCUCUGAUUGCAGCAGCAAACAUGGGGCAUGCAGAAAUGGUGUCAUACCUCCUGGAUCUUCCAGAAGAAGAUGAGAAAGAGGAGCAGAGACCUGAGAUUAACACAUAUGACUGUCUGUGGGGGGAGACAGCUCUGACAGCUGCAGCAGGACAUGGAAAGAUUGCUGUGUGUAGACUCCUGCUGGAUCAGGGAGCUGCUGCUGAGCAAGGCAACAGGCAUGGCAUCACUCCACUCUUCAGCGCCGUGAGACGGGGACACACACGGGUGGUGGAGAUGUUGCUGAACUAUGGGGUUGAGGUGAACAGUGUGGACCAGCAGGGUCGAACAGCUCUGAUGACGGCAGCCUCAGAAGGACACAUUAUCUCCGCCCAGCUUCUGUUGGAUCACGGGGCCUCUCUCAACCAGAUCGAUAGGGAAGGCUUGACUGCUCUGAGCUGGGCAUGCCUCAAAGGCCAGUUCACAUUGGUCAGGGAGCUGGUGGAGAGAGGGGCAGCCACCGACCAUGCUGAUCGCAGCAGUCGAACACCUCUGGACCUGGCUGCCUUUUGUGGAGACCCUGAAGUGGUCCAGUAUCUAGUGGAUCAUGGAGCGUUGGUGGAGCACAUGGACUGCAGUGGGAUGCGCCCUCUGGACCGAGCAGUUGGCUGCAGGAACACUUCAGCAGUUAUUGCUCUUCUCAAGAAGGGAGCUAAGAUUGGACCAGCAACCUGGGCCAUGGCCACUUCCAAGCCGGACAUUUUAAUGGUGUUACUCAGUAAAAUGAUCCAAGAAGGAGACAGACUGUACAAGCAAGGAAAGGUGAGAGAAGCUGCACAGUCCUACCAGUCAGCCCUCCACAAGUUUCCCAGAGACGAGCUAAAGACCUUCAAACAGCUCAGAGUGUGUGUGCUGCUCAACUUGUCCCGCUGCCACCGUAAAAUGAAUGACUUCAGCCUUGCUGAGGAAUUUGCUACAAAGGCUCUAGAGCUGAAAUCCAACUCCUACGAGGCCUUUUAUGCCCGAGCCAGGGCUAAACGAAGCCGCAGACAGUUCCAUGCUGCGUUGGAGGACCUGAUGGACGCCAGCCGUCUAUGUCCAUCCAACAGGGAGAUUCAGCGCCUUUUGUCUCGGGUGAAAGAAGAGUGUCGGCAAGUUUCACAGCAACAAGACCCUCCCUCUGCUUAUCAACACCAGAUGGCAGUGUCCACCAAUGAAGCCAGGUGUAGGGAUUUCAACUGUCUUCAUGUGCAGAACAUGGAAAGCUUUAACAGGGAAGAUAAGGAAGUGGAGAAAGAAAAAGAUGGGGAUGUCAGGGAAGAUGAAGACUUUUUGUCCUCUCAUCCUCCUCACACAGUCUACAGUCUUGACACCCAUUGCUACCCUGGACUGAAAUCACCAUCUUCUCUCUCUCCGACUCACAUGCAUCAGUGCCUCUCUAAUCCCACUCAUUUAGCAGACCUCUCUUCCCCCAGUCAUUCUUUGCUACCUCCCACUUCCCCCAGCCAACCUCAUGUCAGUGAGACUCCUUCAUCACCCCUGCAGCAUCCACAAAGAGCUGGCUCAAUGUUUGAAAGUAGAGGACAACACCACCUUCAAACGGUCUCAGUGCUUAGCCCAGCAGAUCAUAAUCAGGGCAGGCAGCAGAACAACCUUGGUUCCGAUCAGAAAUCCCUGCUUAAACGCAGCCCUUCCAAAAGCUUGGGGCUCCAGAAUACCAAGGCUGAGGUCGUCCUAAGCAGUCAGCCAAGCUUCUCAGACCACUCUGAUUUGGUUUUAGGGAGUUCUGCCUACUCCCAGUUUACCAAUCUUCCUGAAGAGUUAGCAGAGUUAUGGGAAGACUUUUACCCUAGACCGUUUGAUGUCAGACAUGGCCCACUUGUCCGUGGUGGUGUUUGUUCCAGAGUGACUCAUGUUUUGGACAAUGUGGGUGUUUCACCUGUUUGCCAGACGCAAGCAACACCUGUGCAUGGCAGAGGAACAGCAGCGGACCGAAUGGUAGUAAAUGAUUUUAGUCAAUCUCGACAGUUCAGCCGCAACCAGUCUAAAGCAGCUUACUACCCAAUGGAAGUUACAGAGGCAGCUAUGGGCAAUAAGUCACUGCAAGACUUUCACUAUAAACACCAGGGUGGAGUUCAUCUUCCUCUUAAUGCCCACCCAACCUCCACCUUCACUCCUCCUCCCAGGUCUAUUAUACCUGUGAAUGUGCGCUUUUCUUCUAACAUUGCAAGUGGGCUGCUAACUAAUGAAGGUCAAGGUUUCAGGACCUCAGCCUCUGUCCAGCACAUGGAUCUACCUUCAGAAUCUAUGGGAGAUGCUUAUGGUUGUCAUGAUGAUCCUUUUCUUAAUUCCUCUCUGCAGUCAGAGAUCUGCAUGACUGGAGGAGGGACAUAUCCUGGAGAGGCAGGACGCUCUUCCAGGAACACACCUUUUAUGGGCAUAACAGACAAGUCGGUACGGGUGCACCAGCACUACCAGCAGCAGGUUCCUUCUAGUUCAGCAUCCUGCCUCAGCCUCUCUCGCUCCUGGGCUGUUUCUUCAGUCGACACGAUCGUCACGUCACCUAGCAAAAGCAGUGCUAACCAAAGAGGCUUGGCUCCAGAAGCACUAAUAUCUAAUGCCUACUAUAAUUGUAGCAACAACAACGCUCACAACAGCCACCUCCACCUCACACAGGUCCAUUUGGAUCUGUGUGAGGUGGCCCCUGGUAACAGCCGAUGGAAUGAAGAUUCGGGGCAUGUUUCAAGUCAGAACCCUUCUUAUCUUGAUGUGAAGGUUGCCCAAACACUGCCGGUUUGCCAAAACUGCUCUGACAGGUCAGUAGAAAGGAUUGUACCUACCUCUCCUGUCAAACCAAAAAAACCGUUUGUUGAGUCAAAUGUGUAAAGAAGAACAAAAAAUAAAAAAGGUUUAAAGGAACUCAUUGGGAAGUGUAUUUCAAGUUGGGGUUUGGAAUUAAUAACUGCUUAAAAUAAACUAGUCUGAGAAGUUAAAAAGUCAAAUGCACAACUCAAAUUGCAAAUGGCACUCACUUCCAGGUUUUGGCUGGACAAGACGGCACUUAAUUGGACAUUGUCAUCAGUAUCCAGCAGAAUUCUAAAAGAGUCUAAAGUAUAUUCUAAAAUUUUGAAGAAAGUUAUAACUCUUAAGAACACUUUGCCAAUUGCUGCACUGAAGUUCUACAUUCAGUAUCAGUUUUUAAAUGACAGCACACACUGUAAGCAUUUACUCUUGCAUUGAAGUUUAACAACAAACAACAUUUUACCUGGUUUGGUAUCUUCAGACAGAGCAAGUAAUGAUUAUUGGGGAAAAGAACAACAUAUUUUCAAUCAUCAAAGCCACAAAAUGGUGGAGGAGUAUUCUGUGAAAUGGAAACAGUUGAAAAAACAUCCAAAUUUUUCUCUUUCUUGUUCAUCUCCCUUAUCUUUCAUGCCUUUUCACAGAAAAUAGCUCAGCGAUUCAGAAGAUCGUGUGAAUAGCGAUUCACUAAAGUAAAUAAAGCACCACUGUUACCUUUUCCUGUUGCAAUGCCAUCUAAAAUGACAUAAAUAGAGAGAAGUGGGCUGUAAAAAUUGUUGUUCAUCAGCAUCUUAGACCCAAAGCCAGAGCUUAAGAAAGUCGGACAAUGCAUUAAAGUUAUUAAACACUACUUUUGCUGUGACUAAAAUGGUUUCUAUUUAUCAGA